AGUUCUUUCAUCAAUGACCUGACAGCGAACGCGAGAGGUCCAAACAAACGCCUUUCCAAUCGAAACCCCCGUAGGUUGUAGGGUUAUUCAACGCUUUUUUCUAGAACUUUAAGGUUCCAACUCCUUUUCGUUGCUUUUCUUAGCAGCUUUCUAGCGACAAGAUGGCCGACGAAGAAGUGCAAGCCCUUGUGGUGGACAACGGAUCCGGUAUGUGCAAGGCCGGAUUCGCAGGAGAUGAUGCUCCUCGUGCCGUCUUCCCGUCCAUUGUCGGACGCCCGAAGAUGCCUGGAAUCAUGGUCGGUAUGGAUCAGAAGGACUCGUACGUCGGUGACGAGGCACAGUCCAAGCGAGGUGUCCUCACGCUGAAGUACCCGAUCGAACACGGUAUCGUGACCAACUGGGACGAUAUGGAGAAAAUCUGGCACCACACCUUCUACAACGAGCUCCGUGUUGCUCCGGAAGAGCACCCGGUGUUGCUGACCGAGGCGCCGCUGAACCCGAAGGCGAACCGUGAGCGCAUGACGCAGAUCAUGUUCGAGACCUUCAACUGCCCGGCAAUGUACGUUGCGAUUCAGGCAGUCAUGUCGCUGUACGCUUCUGGUCGUACCACAGGAAUCGUCAUGGACUCCGGUGAUGGUGUCUCCCACACUGUGCCGAUCUACGAGGGUUACGCCCUUCCGCACGCCAUCUUGCGUUUGGAUUUGGCUGGUCGCGACUUGACGGAGUACAUGAUGAAGAUCUUGACCGAACGUGGUUACUCGUUCACUACCACCGCCGAGCGUGAGAUCGUCAAGGACUUGAAGGAGAAGCUCACUUACGUUGCGUUGGAUUUCGAUGCCGAGAUGAAGCAGGCUGCGCAGUCUUCUGAGAACGAGAAGACCUUCGAGCUGCCCGAUGGCAACGUCAUCACUGUCGGCAACGAGCGCUUCCGCUGCCCGGAAGUGUUAUUCCAGCCCUCCUUCAUCGGUAAGGAGUCGUCCGGUAUCCACGACACGACCUUCCAGUCGAUCAUGAAGUGCGAUGUAGAUAUCCGUAAGGAUCUCUACGCAAACAUCGUGCUCUCCGGUGGUACCACCAUGUACCCGGGUAUCGGUGAGCGUAUGACGAAGGAAAUCACCGCGCUUGCUCCGUCCACCAUGAAGAUCAAGGUGGUCGCUCCCCCGGAGCGUAAGUACUCCGUGUGGAUUGGUGGCAGGUACAUCAAACUUUUUCUUUUAUCAGUUUUUAUGCCGUGCCGUAGAUUUGAUUGGACAUGGAAUUGUUGCUUUUGUGUCAGUGGGAAUAAUUUUGAAAGAAUGAAUCGAUCGUCAUUAUGUGCACCCAGUGAUAAGAGGUAGAGGAUCCAAUUUCAAAGAGAAUGUGCUUAAGUAAUCUAUCUCCGGUUCCCCUCUCUCCCAGCAUUCUGUCGUCCUUGUCGACGUUCCAGCAGAUGUGGAUCUCGAAGAACGAGUACGACGAGUCUGGCCCGACCAUCGUGCACCGCAAGUGCUUCUAAGAAGCGCAUUCCCAUUGUGAUCUCAGGAGGAAAUUGCACAGGAGGUGCAAAAUCUGGAGGAAUCAGUUCGACGGGUAGUAACUAUCUAUUGUAGAUAGUAAACAUAGAGGAGGAGGAAUUCAAAUUCUUCAUACAUCUUCAUAAAGGUUAUACUUAGAAGUGUUUUCAGGUUCAGCAAAACACGAAUUUCACCACGACAUAUUAAGGUGCUCAAUAAAAUCAAGCAUUUGAUUUGCUUUGAGGCCAUGGAUUCUACACGCAUACUGAAAAGGGCUUUCAUUCUGUGGUAACUAAUCGUUUUCUUCAGGUAGUGAGCUUGAUGUAGGUGUAGUACAAGAACGGUUGAAUCUUCUACUUCGUAGUACAACAACUGUGAGGUUAUGACGACUGAAAGGCGAAACAGAAAACAGUUCUAGAAAAUGUUCAUGGACACUGAUGGAUCAAGAAAUAUUAAGGUGAUACCCACGACAACCUGUUGAUAGUAAAGAACUACUUCUAGCGCAUAGUUAAGUGAAUCGCAAUAUUGAAAUGAUAGAAAGAAUCUGACGGAUUGGGGUAGCUUCAACGGCAGGGCUUUCGCAGACUCACAGUUCUUGUGUUAGAGCGAUUGUUCGUUUUGUCGGGUGAAGUUUUCAUCUCUUUUGCGUCCGUGAAAGACAAGAAAGCUAACCAUGCAUAUGAUCCAUCCAAGAAAGUAUUUGUCCUAGUAACGACAGCACUUGCGGAAAUAUUGGCAAGCGGUGUCUUCCUCAAGCGGAGGAUAGGAACUUAUUUACAUGGCGAAGGUGAUCACCUGCAUUAUGUGGCAUCCAUCCAAUUGAUGUAUUCUUACGGUGGCUGCGUCGUGGUGUGUGACGUGCUGCGUUUGAGUCUUGAAUACAAAGUUACAGUGUUCCGUUAUAAGCAUCAAAGCAGCGACGUCCGAUCCUUCAUGUUUGAGAUAAUAGCAGUUUGUCCAAAGUGCUAUUUGAAGAAUGAAGGAAGAUGACGAUG